CCGAAAUAAAAAGUUGGCAAUUUCAGCCUAGUUUUAGAGUUUUAAAAGUUCCUGUUUGCCAUAAUGUCUCGUAUCGUUCAGAUAUAUAAAAAGAGUUUUUAUUUUUCUCGCUGAGAACACUUCAAAUCAUGGAAACUACGUGAGAAAUUGAGCCUUGCAGUUCACCUCAGCAGAAACGAUGAGUACUUUUGCGGGAAAGUUCAGAGAGUAUCCGUUGAUUUCGGCGGACAAUUUUGAAAGAGAAAACCUCGAUAGCUUGGCUUUUUUUCUUUCGCACUGCCAUAAAGAUCACAUGGUUGGAUUAGAUUCUGCAGCUUUACACCAUAGACUAAAGGCUAGCAAAACUGUAUUCCUGUAUUGUUCAGAAACUACAGAGAACUUGUUGAUGUGCAACCCAACAUACAGUCAUCUCAAAGACUAUAUUCGCAGUAUUCCUGUGGACCAGCAGACAAUGGUUCCACUCAUUGAUGACAAGACAGGACAGGAAAGUUAUUUUUGUGUAACGUUGUUGCCUGCUGGACAUUGUGUUGGAUCUGUCAUGUUCUUAUUUGAGGGUCCAGGUGGGAACGUGCUCUACACAGGUGAUUUUCGUUUAUCCAAGGGAGAUGUGAAGAGAAUUUCUUUCUUUCAUACCAAAGAAGGAAUUAAAGACAUCAAAAGCAUUUACAUUGACACAACAUUUUGUCUGCCAAGAAUGAAGAGCCUGCCUAGUCGGCAACAGAGUAGAGAUGCUGUCAUAAACCUCAUAGACAGGUGGUUUUCAAGAGGUCCUGAAUAUGCUGUUAGCUUGUUAUGCAAAGGAAUGUAUGGAUUUGAAUAUUUAUUGAAGGAAAUAGCCAUGAAUUAUAGAACAAAGAUCCAUGUCAGUGCUGAACGGCUGGCCAUGUACAGAUAUCUUCCAGACAUGACUCCUUAUUUCACAACUGAUGGUCAAUCUACUAAGAUACAUGCAUGCAAGUGGCAGGCCAACCAAAGGUGUGACUCAGACCUCCCUUGUGGUUCUUCAGUUCAUCCCUCUCUCAAGACAAAGGUUCUGCGUAUAAAGCCAACAACCAUGUGGGUAGCACGAAGUACAGAACCAAUGCCGGAGGAUUUCAAAAGGUAUGACAAGGGGAAAAGGCUCUGGAGAGUUGUUCAUUCAAUGCACGCAUCAAUGGAAGAGAUCGAGGAUUUAGUAGGCUACUUAAGGCCUUAUCAUGUUUUCCCCAAUGUACCGCCAGCAGGACUGGACACAUUAGAAGAUGCUUUUGAAAGACUGAAGGGCCUCACUCGCAUUCAAGAUUGUGAUUCCUGUAACCAAGAAGAGUCUGUUGAGGAGAGAUUCAAACAACACGCUGCUCAUCUCAGCGGAGAGGGUGUCACUAAAGACAAAAAAUUAUUAGAGGAGAAAGCUGCCUUGAGAAAGAUUCAGCUUUGCGCCCCACCAAAGCCUGACGAGAGGGUUCUUGCCCAGUGUAAGGAGCUGGGACUAAUUGAUGACGAGAACCUCACACCACCUCCAAAACGACGUAGAAGCAGACGUCAAGGUAUAGCUCUGGAGGAGAAAACCUCUGUGCCACAGGACACCCAAGGAAGCUCUUCCAGAAAGGUCAUCAUAAGCGUGUCACAGGAAAUCCAAGGGAACUCCCUCGCUGGGGUAAACACAACAAUACAACAGCAAUCUAAUGAGAAAUCUUUUGGUGAAGUCACCACUGUUUCACCGCAAACCCACGGGGAAUCAUCUAAAGAUGUUGAUAGAAGUGUGUCACAGCACGCCCACAAUAACGGAUACGAGUUCAUAACAGAAGGAAAACCCAUGAUUUGUCCAAAAGUUGAAGAUGUCCAAGACAGACCGACGGAAUUUUUCGAGAAUUCAUGUUGUCCUCCUAAAACUGAAAAGAAAGCUGGAGAUGAAAACCCCGCGGAAUGUAAAGUAUCUGAAAUUUUGAGCAACACAGUUGUCUUGGAACGUACUAGUCAUGGUCAAAAAUCUUUAGAUGGUAUUGCUUCUAAUAAAAUUGACCACAAUCGUACUUCGGACACGGGGAUGACAUCGAGUAUUCCAGUCUCAGUUGUAGAGCUUUCAGGGUCAGAUGAAAACUAUGACGAGGGACCAGUGGGUGGGGAGCCAAGAUCGAAAGCAGACUUUGAUAUCCCUCCCUCCCCGGGGCAUGUAAAACCACUCCCAGACAAGCUGUCUGCAAUUCACAAACUGUUAGGAAAUGGCGAAUCAAUGUCGAUUACAAAUAUACUCAAAUUUUGAGUCGGAAGUACGUCAAAUCUCAUCGAUAACUAUUUUUUUUCUUUGUUCAAUUUUUUUUCUGGCCUCAGUAGUUGUUGCUUGUUUUUAUUAUUAUUAUUAUUAUUGUUAUUAUUAUUAUUAUUCCAUCAGAGUGUGUUUCUGUUACUAAUGUGUUUUUUCUGCAGUGUUUCAGGCCUUACUUGGCCUUUCAAAGUUAACUUAUUGUAGCUUACAGCAGCAAACAAACAAUUUAUAGUCAGAAUAAUCAAAGAGAAGAAAGAAGAAGUUUCUUUUUUUGUGAUAACAUUAACAAUCAACGUGGUAUUUUUACGAUAAACUAAGACCAGAAAAAUAAGUCGUAUGCAUACGGCUCAUCUACGAAAGUAACCUUAAUUUUGUAAAAGCCUGCUUCUCUAUCUACACAUGAAGUCACCUUCUGAAUAUAUGGACGUUUUUAGGGACUUGUUAUGGAAGAAAAAAGGAAUCAAUAUUGCAAAUAUAUUUCUUAUUGCCAUCUUCUGUUUUAGACAUGCAACACAUACCCAUUUUCCUUGACAGCAAAACGGAACCAUUAUCAGUACUACCAAAAAAUUAUCGCUAUAAGCUUCCCGAUCAGCCGUCGUUUGAUUAAGUCACCCAUUCGCCUCCUCUCCGUUGUUUAUCUGAACAACA